GUUGGCGCCUCGCCUUUCGCGCCUCCCAGCGGGACCCGGAGGAGGGAUUUGGAACGUCGCCUGCUAUCGCUCCCGUAACCGUCGCUUGAGGCGGUUUGCUCUUGCUGCCGUUGAGUUCGCUCCCUUCCUUCGCUCGCUUACCCAGGCUUCGCGUUGCUCGGCAGAGACCUCCGUGCCAGACGACGCGGCGGGGGCACAGCGACCAGAUUGAAACAUGCCCAGGAGAAAGUUUGCUGAUGAAGAAGUGGUAAUGGGCCGGUGGCCUGGAAGUGUUCUGUAUUAUGAAGUACAAGUAACCAGCUAUGAUGACCGAACUCAUCUUUACACAGUAAAAUACAAAGAUGGAACUGAGCUUCAGCUAAAAGAAAGCGAUAUGAGGUCUAUGUCAUCUUUUCGAUUUAGAAAAAGUAGCUCUUCCUCCGGUUCCCCUUCAAGACGCAGUGGUAGCAGAUCUAGAUCAGGCUCUAGAUCUCGUUCACCUGGUCGGCCAGCAAAACACAGACGUCGUUCUUCCUCUCAAAGCAGAGAACCAAAAAAUGAAAAGAAUAUGAUUGGGGAACCUAAUUUGAUUCCUUUGAAACUAAAUGAAAACAAUACCAACCAGUAUAAUGGGGAGCCAGAUAUCACAGAAGUGAAUUACUCGUCUCACAACACUCUAGAGCGCCAAAGAAUUGAAUCUGAGCGUGCCAGAGAGCGCAUCCUCGAACGCUACAGUUUGCAUCCAAGGAAGGAGGAGAAGAGAACAGAAGAAAUGUAUUCAGAAGAGAGAAUUUUUGAGAAACCCAAACCCGUUGUAAAAGUAUGCAUGAAGACAAAGGAACUAGAGUUUGGAGGAAAAAUUGGUGCCUUUUUAAUGAUUUUUCUCCUUCCUGGAACUGUAUUUUACUUGUUGUUGAUGUGUACUCAGAAAGACCCCAGUGUUUUGAAUUUUCCUCCCUCCCUCCCAGCUUUGGAAAGUUUAUGGGAGACAAGAGUGUUUGGUGUCUUUCUUCUUUGGUUCUUUCUCCAAGCUCUGUUUUACUUACUCCCAAUAGGAAAGCUUGUAGAAGGGACCCCACUUUUGAAUGGAAUGAGACUGAAAUACAGGAUAAAUGGAUUCUAUGCUUUUAUCCUAACAGCUGCAGCUGUAGGAAUUUCUCUGUAUUUUGAAAUGGAGUUUUCCUAUAUAUAUGACCAUUUCCUUCAAUUUGCUGUCUGUGCUACAGUUUUUUCUGUGGUAUUAAGCAUUUAUCUCUAUGCCCGUUCAUUAAGAGCAUCUGAACAAGAAUUGUCACCUGGGGGGAAUUCUGGGAAUAUAUUUUAUGACUUUUUUAUGGGGCGUGAAUUAAAUCCUCGCAUCAGAAAUUUUGACCUGAAAUACUUCUGCGAGUUACGACCAGGACUAAUUGGCUGGGUUGUUAUUAACUUGGCAAUGCUGUUGACUGAGAUGAAAGUGCAACAUCUGAAUAUGCCAUCUUUGUCAAUGAUUCUGGUUAAUAGUUUCCAGCUCCUUUAUGUAGUGGAUGCACUUUGGAAUGAGGAAGCUGUUCUGACAACAAUGGAUAUCAUCCAUGAUGGUUUGGGGUUCAUGCUAGCAUUUGGAGACUUGGUGUGGGUUCCUUUUCUCUACAGCUUGCAAGCCUUCUAUUUAGUGAAACAUCCAAAUGAACUUUCUUGGUUAUCAGCUUCUGCAAUUGUAGCCUUGAAUAUUCUUGGCUAUUACAUUUUCCGUGGUGCCAAUUCACAGAAAAACACUUUUAGAAGAAAUCCAAAUGAUCCAAAAGUUGCUCACUUGAAAGUUAUUCCCACUGCAACUGGAAAAAACCUCCUGGUCUCUGGCUGGUGGGGCUUGGUGCGCCAUCCAAACUACCUUGGAGAUAUCAUCAUGGCUCUGGCUUGGUCCUUACCGUGUGGGAUCAACCACAUCUUACCAUAUUUCUAUGUCAUAUACUUUACUGGUUUGCUUAUUCAUCGAGAAGCCCGUGAUGAACGUCAGUGUAAGAAAAAAUAUGGCUUAGCAUGGGAAAAAUACUGUCAACGUGUACCAUAUCGCAUAUUUCCAUAUAUCUACUGAGUGUCUUCAAACUGGUGGAAAAUGCACAGCUUCAGCAGUCAAAUCUUCAUUGCAAUAAACCACAUACCUCAUACCAUU